UACUUUGGUACAAGACAAUACAUAUACCAUUUCCACUGGAUCUCCUUCCCGCAAGACAAGAAACUGUACACAGAUACAGCUAUAUAAUAAUAUAUGGCCUUUCUCAUGCUGGAGCCAAUUAGCCCCUCUUCUCAAAAAUAUCUCUCCCCUUUCUGAGUUGUGAAAGGAACAGAGAAGGAGAGAGUGAAAGCCAGCUUUUUGACAGAUCUUCUGUUUAGCUCAUUCCUGCUGCCAUGGCUGAGCCAAAGAAGUACAUUUCAAAAGAAGAGCUUCACAAGCACAAUAAGCAUGGGGAUCUAUGGAUCUCGAUACAGGGCAAGAUCUAUAAUGUAACUGACUGGUCCAUGGUCCACCCUGGAGGUGAGCAUCCAUUGCUUCUACUCGCUGGCCAAGAUGCUACAGACGCCUUCGUUGCUUAUCAUCCUGGUACUGUUUGGAAGUAUCUCGACAAAUUCUUUACUGGGUAUCAUCUUAAAGACUACUCUGUUUCUGAGGUAUCGAAAGAUUAUCGAAAAUUGGUUGCUGAGUUCUCAAAAAUGGGUCUUUUUGAAAAGAAAGGGCAUAUUACGUUUAUUUCUCUAUGCUUCAUGGCAGUGCUGUUUGCUUUGAGUGUUUAUGGGAUUUUAUACUCCAAUAGCACAUGGGUGCAUCUGUUUUGUGGUGGUUUAAUAGGGUUUUUGUGGAUACAGAGUGGGUGGAUUGGACAUGAUUCUGGGCAUUAUCAGGUCAUGACAAGCCCUGAAUUCAAUCGUGCUGUGCAGAUCUUAACUGGCAAUUGCCUUGCAGGGAUCAGUAUUGGGUGGUGGAAAUGGAACCACAACGCCCAUCACAUUGCUUGUAACAGUCUUGAUUUCGAUCCAGAUCUGCAGCACAUGCCUUUCUUCGCGGUAUCUUCGAAAUUUUUCAGUUCAAUUAUGUCUUAUUUUUAUGAAAGAAAGAUGAAUUUCGAUUCCGUUGCUAGGUUCUUGGUUAGUUAUCAGCAUUGGACUUUUUAUCCUGUUAUGUGUUUUGCCAGGAUUAAUUUGUUUGCACAGUCUUUCUUGCUCUUGUUAUCUAAGAGAAGGGUUGUCAAUAGGGGUCAAGAGAUUUUGGGAGUACUUGUGUUUUGGAUUUGGUAUCCUUUACUUGUUUCUUGCUUGCCCAAUUGGGGAGAGAGAGUGAUGUUUGUUCUUGCCAGUUUCAUAGUCACUUCUAUUCAGCAUGUUCAGUUCUGUUUGAAUCAUUUCUCAUCCAAUGUUUAUGUUGGUCCACCUAAUGGGAAUGAUUGGUUUGAGGAGCAAACAAAGGGCACUCUCAAUAUAAAUUGCUCUUCCUGGAUGGAUUGGUUUCAUGGUGGAUUGCAGUUUCAGAUUGAGCACCAUCUGUUCCCCCGUUUGCCUCGAUGCCAUCUUAGAAAAAUCUCACCGUUUGUUAAGGAGCUAUGCAAGAAGCAUAAUUUGCCUUAUGAUAGUGCAUCAUUCUGGAAUGCUAAUCUCAUGACAAUUCGGACUCUUAGGGCUGCAGCCUUGCAGGCUAGGGAUCUUGCAAAUCCAGUUCCAAAGAAUUUAGUUUGGGAAGCUGUUAAUACUCAUGGAUGAGAUGGGGAUCCUGUGAAGCUUUCCGAGGUUGCUGCAGCACCUCAGUUAUUUAUGCCUAUUCAACAUCCUGCCGUGAUUUAGGUGUUUAUAACUUGAUUUGAUUGAUGUCUGAGGGAGGUUAUCUUUGAUUUCAGUGGAAGAAUAAUUAUCUGUUACUUCUUGGAGGCUUCAAUUUUUAUUUUAUUCAUAAGUUGGUUCAUGUAGUUUUUGGAUUAGUUUAAAGAUCGUUCAUCAUUCAUGCUGGUUACCGACAGGCUGAUGUAGUUCUCUCCCCUUGUUUGCGCUCAAGUAUGCAAAGGGAUUUAGCGGAAUGUGUACUAGCAUAUUUCCAUUUACUGCUUUCUUUUGAUAGUUCAGUGUUGGGCUUUGGAUUUCCUUAUGUGUUGCUUGUUUUGGAUUUGAUUUUUAUCUCAAAGCCAAUGUAAAAGUAAGCUUUGAAGA